AUAAUUAAUCAAAUAUAACUCGAACAUAUAUAAAAUUCGAAUGAAGCUUAAGAGGCUUAGCCGAAAAAUAAACUAUUCCAUAGGCAUACAAAUUUUUUUUAUAAAUGAUUAUUUCAUUUAUAAAUGAUUUAGGAUGAUUAGUACAGUCUUUUCUAUCACAAAAGACAUUUAUGAAAGUAUUAAUCAUUUAAAAGUAAAUUUGGAAAUGGUAUCAAGUUUAUAUGGUAAAAUUAGUAUUCCUUUAUUUUAACAUAUAAAGCUCAUAUAUUAACCAAUGAAUGCGUUAUAUAAGCCUAUGCCCAUUAGAUUAUAUUGUUAAUGAGAAGAUUAUAUUAUCCGCUAUUGCUCGAACUGUGACGUCUCUCUUCUUCUUGGCUGUUGCGAUCGGUUUCUUUCUCCUCGUUCUUGCUUCCCGGCGAUGACGAAAGACGGAAGAUACUGGGCGGGGCUUCCGCCGGAACUAACAUGGUCGAUAUUGAGCCAUUUUGGCACGGUGGAUAUACUGGAAAAGGCUCAGAAAGUGUGCAAAUCGUGGCAUAGCGUCUGUAAAGAACCUUCGAUGUGGCGGAAGAUUAAUAUGCACAACGACUUGGGAUUCAUGGACUUUUUGACCAGGUCUCGUCACGUUGCCAUGUGUCGCAACGCUGUUGAUCGUAGCCAGGGCGGUUUGGUUGAGAUUGACAUUUGGUAUUUCGGUACUGAUUCUCUCCUGAAUCACAUCGCCGAUAGCUCAAGGAACCUGAGAACCCUAAGAAUCGCAAUGUGUCAUGAAGUAAACGAUGGGCUUCUCCAAGCAGCUGGGAAACUUCCGUUUCUUGAAGAACUCGACAUUUCAUACUGUUCAUUUGAAGAGGAGACUCUGAAAGCUGUAGGCAAGUCUUUUCCAAAUCUUAAGACAUUGAAGCUAAACUACCCUGUGCUUAGUUAUAGUGAUGAUGAGUUUGCCAUAGCGAUUGCUGGAAGCAUGCCGGAACUACGCAACCUCCAACUUUCUGGGAACCCAUAUAUGAGCAACAGGGGUUUGCGAGCUAUUCUCGACGGCUGUCUUCACCUGGAACAUCUCGAUUUACGCGAGUGUUGGAGACUUGACCUUGUUGGGGACCUAGAGAAGCUAUGCGCGGAGAGAAUCAGAGUUUUGAGACGCCCAGGUGACCCAACCUCUGGUCCUCAUCAUAUGUUUUGGUUAUAGAUGUGAUAUUAGUACUUUUCAAUGCUCUUAAGAUCUUGGACAACCAGAUAGAUACUUGCAAAAUUUCGUUUCUGGAAAGUUAUGAUGAUUGUUUGUUGUUGUAUCAACUUACUGUUGAAAGUUGGCGACUUUGAAGUUUGAACUACUGUAUUAUCACAUAUCUUAAAAAGGUUUUCCAUUUUUUUUGUUUGAAAAAAAAAAACAAACUUC